CAGAUACGUGUGACGUUGUCAACACUUCAGUCGAUCAGUUAUCAGAAAAACGAAAAGUAAUGAAAUGCAAAACUUCUAUAGAGCUCGCCUCAUGGUAAGUUGUUCUAAAUGCACCUGCACCGACGUAUAUUUACCUAUAUAUACACAUUAUUUAAAAAUAAUAAUUAAUAUGUCCUAUGUUUGUGAGAAAAUCUCGUACAUAUUGUUAAGAUCAGAUAAACGAAUUCCAUAUUUAACGUCACCAAGUGAAAAUGUUACCGUGUAAAACGACCAUUAGCCACAGCCAAUGGUGACCUCUAGACGCACUGCACUUAGACGCACUGCACCAUUUGAGGAAAUUAAUCUUAUAUUCCCAGGAUCACACUUGUCCGUACGGAUUGUCUCUCGUUCUAAUAGUCAUUUCCGGUUUCUCUGCUACUUCUCCAUGUCUGCCUGUUGAGAUCGGUCAGCAUAUUCAGCUGGACUGCCCAUGCCAAAGCCAAAGGUCAGUGUUGAGCUUAAAUGAUUACUAUUUUCUUAGGAAAUAGCUUAGAAUUUUUUUGUAUAAAUUGGUUGAAACACUGCUUUGAAAAACCAUGUGUCCUUUGUGAAGAAGGUAAUUUGUGAUAUAUAAUUCUCAUUCAAUUUUCAUUUUAAAAAACUCAUUAUAAUAAAUUCUGAAAUUUCAUGUAGAUCCAAUAUGAAUUGGGAAACCAUGUCUGUUUCCGGUAAAAAGAUCACAGUUAACGCAUGCGAUAAGGUUUCAACUUUGACCUUACACAGAUUGUCAAAACUGCACGUGACAAACAACCAAUCGCACAGCUCGCUCAGCUUAUCCCACGUGACCACCGAAGACAUGAAUCGUAAAAUACAAUGUACCAAGAAUGGCAGAACACUGAAUGAUCCCCCAAUCUGCAGCCUGCAAGUCUUUCACAAACCGGAAGCACCAUUUUGUUUCACGGAAAUCACUGGACGAAGCUCUGCUCGUUUCACGUGCAAGACUCCAAAAGUCUUCCCUGGGCUGGAGUGUAAUCUGGUUUACAAGAGUACACACCAGAGAACAGCGGAAGUUGAAGUAAAGCCUGAGAUAGUUCGAUACAAUCUCACAGCCAUUAACUCUACACACCCGACCUAUCUGAAAGGAGUUUGUUUUGCCGAGAUUCUAGAUAUUGAUCCAGGAGAGUAUCAGUUGUUUGGAGUUCUCCGACCUAACGUGGCUUUCGUCUACAACUCCUCUGUACCUGCUAGACCAACUCCGGUGUUUGUGAUAUACAACACCUCAGAUGCUCCUACAAUCACGUCUACUUCGGGAACCACAGGAUCUCCUAGUCUUGGUUAUGUUACUAUUCAAAAGCAAGGUGUCAUACCGACCAGUCUUUGCCAUGAUUCGGCUCACAAUUUUACUGUAUACUGUGAGGCUAGUGAGUUCGGAUCCCUCUUAAUGCUUAAAAUUUUACUGAAUUACAAAAACAAAGGACAAUAUGUCCACGUUGAGUUGAAGAGCGCAGACAACGCUUCGACAAUCAGCGCCUCUUUUUUAGCAGACGUCUGGCACCAAGAUACGUAUAUAACGUGUUUUGGUGAGACGCCAUUUGGAACUGUGUCUAAUCAAACGGAGCUAGGAGUUCAGUGGUUACCAAAACUUUCCAUCGAAGCUCGAUUAGUUCCGAAUAACGAAACAAUUAUUGACGGAAUACAUGCUGAUGGAUCUGCCAUCUUUGUGUUUACAUGUGGGGUGAAUGAAGAUGCGAAUUUUAAUAUUUUGUAUUUCCAUGUUAAGUGUGUGGCAGAGUUGGAUCUUGAUAUUGUGUUGGAGAAAGAAUAUGUUGAUAGCAAUUUAAAAUUGAUCUUGAAUCUCAACAAAGUUAAUGGAUUGGUGAGAUGCUCAUGUUCUGGCAUUCACAGAAAGGGUUGCUAUGUUCAAGGGAAUCAUUUCAAAAUUGAAAUUUCUAAACAUGAAAGUAUUGUAAGUAAUAAUGUCUUAAACUUUGAUCCGCUCUUGAUAGUAGGAGUAACUGUUACUUUAACCGUAUUGAUACUAGUUAUUAUUACGUGUAAAUGCCGUCAUCGAUUACAGACAUGUUUCGCCUCGAGCUCCUCUUUUGAGUCACAUAUUUAUGAAGAUAUCGAAGACCCCUUGUGCUCACCUGGCUGUUUCGAAUACUUCACUAAAAGAUGCUCAUCUCGCAGCCACAAGUCGUGUGCGGUGGGUCGAGGUCGAAUUCCAGGAGUUCACGUCCUUCAAACAGUGACGCCAUUAUUGCAUUUAAACCCGUCACCAAUUCAACCGCAGGCAGAGUUCGGGCAUACAGUUAACAGGUCAAACAAGACCAAGAGGGUUUCUCCAUAUGAGAAUGUACUUAAUAUUUAGUUUUACUAC